AAACGAAGAGCCCUAAUUGAAGCAGAGGAAGACCCAACCAUCAUCUUCCUCCGCCGCCACCGCUCCGCCAGCCUCCUCCCGCCGGAGUUCACCUACGAAGAGCUCGCCACAUCCACCAACCACUUCGACCCCAAACGCAAAAUCGGCGACGGAGGAUUCGGCUCCGUCUACCUAGGCCACCUACACGACGGCAGAUUAGUCGCCGUGAAAUACCUACACAAGCACAACUCCUCCGCCACCGCCAAGGGAUUCUCGAAGAAAUCUUUCUGCAACGAAAUUCUGAUCCUAUCCUCAAUCAACCACCCGAAUCUGGUGAAGCUCCACGGCUACUGCAGCGAUCCGAGAGGCCUAAUUUUGGUGUACGAUUACGUACCGAAUGGUACUCUCUCCGACCAUCUCCAUGGAGGAAAACAGAGUAUUUACAGAAGAGGAUCACUAAAUUGGAGCACACGUGUCGAAAUUGCUUACCAAACGGCGGCGGCCGUCGAGUACCUACACUUCUCCGUGAUUCCGCCGGUAGUCCACAGAGACGUGACUUCGUCGAACAUUUUCAUCGACGGUGAAAUGAGAGUGAAGGUCGGUGAUUUCGGGCUAUCGAGGCUUCUAGAAUGUUCCGAGACGACAACGGGUCCGCAGGGUACGCCGGGUUAUUUGGAUCCGGAUUACUACAGUUCGUUCAGGUUGAACGAGAAGAGCGAUAUCUACAGCUUCGGGGUUGUGUUGCUGGAAUUGAUUACGGGGAUGAGAGCGGUGGAUCAGACGAGGGAGCUGAGGGAGAUGACUUUGGCUGAUUUGGUGGUGCCGAAGAUUCAGAUGGGGUUGCUCCACCAGGUGGUGGACCCUGUUCUGGUGGUGGAUGUGGUGGCGAUGGAGGGGGUGAAUGCGGUGGCGGAGCUUGCUUUCCGGUGCCUUGCGGCGGAUAAGGACGAUCGGCCGGAUGCUAGGGAGGUGGUGGUGGAAUUGAGGAGGUUGAUGGGCCGCCCCCGCGGCGGUGGUGGUGGUUUCUGA